AAGUGAAGACAUUCCAGUGGUAGAAGUUACAGCAUAAGGAUACUUUCGCUAUUACAGUGAACAAGAGCUUAAAGUAAAAAUGAACUAUAUUAAGGUGAAUACUUACCGUGUAUGUCUAGGCACCACUAUGCUGGUACUUUGCUUAGUUCCAGUGAUCAGUGGACUGCAGGAUCAUCGUGUUUGUGAUGUAGACGGAUUAUGCGAAGAAAUUGCAGAAGGUAGCCGUUAUCAUUCCGAUCGUCGGGUGGAUCGUUUAGACCAGGACCAAGAACAACGGCUGCUUUUAUUUAACCGCGAAAAGCAAAUCAGAGAAAGGAACGAAAUACGUGAACUGGAGCGUACUGAAGAACCACGGCUGGAUACACGUGAUCGAAGAGAAGAACGCAGUGCAUCUUCUGAUCGUUGGAUUGAACGGAAUACCGAUGAUCGGAGACUUGCUCGUUCCGAACGUGACGAGGAUCGUCAGAUUCACCGACAUGAUCGAGAAUCUGUUCGAGUAAGUGGUGAUCGGCGUGAUCGUUUCGAAGAGAUGCGAUAUCGCGACGAAUCUCAACGUGAACGAGCUGAAACACGUAUCGCUGAACGGGAAUGGAAUGAUGAGCGUCGUGUUGCUCGGGACGGAGAGCGACAAGAGCAACGAGAAACGAACGAUGGUCGUCGCGAUCGACGCUCUAGUGACGAUCGUGAUAAAAUCAGGGACGAAUUGGACAACAUUCGAGAACGAAGACAUGAGCAACAAGUUGAUAGGCACAUUGAACGAACAGAGCCUGUCGCAAUCGUUCGGAAAGUGCCUGUACUAACCGAUGAUCGCAGAGAACGAACACAACAUCGUGAACAAAACGAUAUUCGAGUACUUAGAACUGAGAAUAGAAACAGAUUCGAUGAUAAUGAGCGUCGUAUGAACACCGACAAUCGUCAAGACGACCGCGAGACCGACCGUCGAGUGCAACGUGAUGAGCGUUCAGAAGAAACACAUGAAAGAAUUCGUACUGAUAGACGUGAGAGAGAUGAACGUGAGUCCAGUCGCCGUGGGGUACAUCAAUCACGCUUGGAACGUCUCGAUACCGCCGAGCUCUUCACUCUUGCUAAUACGUCUGAAGCUUCCUUCAUUUGGAAUAUGGUUCAAGUAGCUUUGAUUGUCCUCCUUGUAGCUCAACUUAUGAAAAAGAGUGAGAUGGAUGGAACUUGGAAACCUUCUAAGCUAGCAGAGCUUGUCUGCUUCCGCGAUUCAACAAUUCCGAGCAACUAAAGCCACUGCAGCUUAUAGAUACAUGUAGCACCCAGAGUCUCAAGGCAACAUAAUGAUGUAUUGAAAACAUAUAUGAUAUUCCGCGAAAUGUUGGCUUUUUCAUGCAAACCUCCUUCGUGGUAAUUCCAUCCACCAUUCCUCUACAUUCUAAUAAAAAUCAAAACCAACUUCUCCUGAGGGUCAGUGGUACUCUUUAUUAAUCAAUUUGUUUGAAUUGUAUAUAUGUAUCGUUUCACCGUGAAAAUGAGCAAACAAGUCAAGAAAAUGCGUGUGAUAGAUAGAAGUAAGACGGGCACGGGCAAUUAUGACUUGAGGAGAGAACUUUCUUGUUACAUAUAUACAAAAAUCAGCAUCAUCAUAAUUGCUUCUAUCAAACUAUAAAUCAACAAAAUGUACAAAAGAAACUACUCAAGAUAACGACUAAAACUGCUGAUGACAACAACGAAGCAAAGGAACCAAACAUUCAAAUCUAUAAGCAAAAGGGAGUCUGUUAUCAUUAUCUUUAUUGUUAUUUAAUGUGGGAUGAAUCUCUUUAUAUACCAUACAAACAUACUCACAAAUAAAUAAACACUUAUAAAGUAGAUGAUGGCAUAAAA